AUGGCUAAGCCAACAAGUGCAACUCCAUUUAAAAUUCGUGAGAGUACACGAUUUUAUCCUUACUUUAAGGAUUGCAUUGGAGCUAUGGACGGUACACAUAUCCCAGCAAUGGUAGAGAAAAGAAAUGCAGUCGUUUAUCGGAAUCAACAUGGAAUUACAUCUCAAAAUGUGUUAGAGGUUUGCAACUUCGACUUGGAGUUCAUAUACGUGCUCAGUGGAUGGGAAGGGUCUGCUCAUGAUUCGAAAAUACUUAACGACGCAAUGACAAAAAGAAAUGGACUGAAAAUACCGCAAGAAUGUCGUUCAGAUGAGUUUCCGGUCGAGGAAGAGGAAGAGGAAGAUAGCCAUCCAUCAACGCUUGUAAAUGACGAUGAAAUUUUGACACAACAAACUCAAGAACAACAACGUCAAGAAGCUAAUGCAUGGAGAAAGAGUAUAGCGGAUGAUUUUUUGCCAUAUCUUCAAGGUUACGAUCUCGAUGGUCAUGUCACUGGUACAAAACCCUGUCCAACACGUGCUCUUGCUGAUGAAGCUCCUAAUCCAGCGUUUGCUUCAUGGACAAAACAUGAUAAAAUCCUGGUAAGUUGGUUAUUCUCGUCUCUUACACCUGCUGUUUUUCGUCAUGUUCAUCGUCUUACAAAUUCCAAAGAAAUAUGGGACUCUCUUGAAGUUCAAUAUGCCUCUAAAUCUGAUGCCAAAAUUCACCAUCUUCACUGCGAGCUUCGUGCUCUUAAGAAAUGA